CGAUAAUAGUCAUCGUGUAUGAUUCCCCAGUGACGCCCAUAAGACCUGAAAAUCAACUAUUAGCUACGUUAUUAACUAGUCACAGAGUGUGUUUAGAGGAGCUAUCACAUGGAGCCAUCGGGACAGGAUGCCAACGACCACGGCCAAAACUCAGUUGGCGACAGUGAGCACCCAUGGGAGGUAACAGACAUGACCAGGCUCCGCCGCUUCAUCUGCUACGGCUCGGAAAUGGCCAUCUAUGACACCAAAGAGCACCGGCUGGGCAUGGAGAGUGCCCUGGCUCUGCUCUCCCUGCUACAGGAGGGCAGGGGUUGCGAGGUGGUGGAGGAGGUCAAGAGGCUGGCUCUGGAGGGCAGGCCAGUCAGGGCCAACCCUUCCCUGUUCGCCUUAGCUGUGUGCUCCCAACAUUUGGACCUGAAUACCAGACAGGGGGCGUUCCGAGCCCUGAGUGAGGUGUGCCGGGCCCCCGAGCACCUCUUCACCUUCAUCCAAUACAAGAAGGAGGCGAAAGAGAGGAUGCGGUGCGGGAUAUGGGGACGGGCCCUGAGGAAAGCGGUGUCAGAUUGGUACAAUAAACAGGACGCCAUGGGUCUGGCUCUGGCGGUGACCAAGUAUAAAACGAGAGAGGGCUGGUCGCAUCAGGAUCUGCUCAGACUCUCCCACGCCAAGCCUGCUAACGAAGCGAUCGUGUUGAUCAGUAAAUACGUUAUGAAAGGAUGGAAGGAGGUCCAGGGGGCAUACGCCGACAAGGAGAACUCGGAGGAGGUGAUCAAAGUCCUCUCAUACCUGGAAGCGGUUGAGAAGGUCAAACACAGUGCAGACGAGAUGGAGGUCAGCCAUCUAAUAGAGGAGCAUAGUCUGGAGCGGGAACAACUUCUGACAGACCACCUGAAGUCCAAAGUGGUAUGGAAAGCAUUGUUAAAGGAGAUGCCCAUGGAGUCAAUGCUAAGGACCCUGGGUAAGAUGACCGCAGACCAAGUCCUGGAACCAGGAAGCUCAGACGUGGCAGAGGUGUGCGAAAGGAUCCAGAGUGAGGCGGCUUUAAAGAAGGCAAAACUCCACCCUUUCAGCGUCUUGACAGCCUCGGAAAACUACAAAAGGGGCCAAGGCAACCGGGGGAAAGUGAAAUGGGAACCAGACGUUGACAUCAUAAAAGCACUGGACUCUGCUUUCUACAAAUGUUUCACAAACGUGGAGCCGGCGGGGAAGCGCUUUAUGGUGGCGGUGGACAUUAGCACAUCGCUGAGCAGCAUUGUUAAGGGGACCUCCGUCAGCACAGCUGUAGCGGCUGCAGCCAUGGCCAUGGUUUUUGCGCGGACGGAGGCAGAGACACAGGUUAUGGCCUACUCUGAAGGAGCUAUAGUUCCUUGCACCAUCACUGAAGGCAUGUCUCUUCGACAAGUAGCAACCGAGCUGGUCAAGAUCCCCAGUGGCUAUACAGACUGUGCUCUCCCCGUCCUGUGGGCCUCGGAGAAGACGAUCACCGUGGACAUGUUCAUCAUAUUCACCAACAGUGCCUGCUGGCACGGCGAGGCCAAUCCAGCGGAGUGUCUGAGGAUGUACCGACAUAAAAUGGGUAUCUUCUCCAAACUUAUGGUGUGUGGGUUGACCUCCAACGGCCUAUCCAUCGCUGACCCCGCCGAGGACAGGGGCAUGCUGGACCUCUGCGGCUUUGACCUGGGAGCCAUAGAGGUCAUCCGUAACCUAGCCCUGGACCUGAUCUGAGAACAGAUUCUGGACAGUGCAAAGACGAGAAAGAAAAAUAUGGAGAGAAUUGGUGGAAAUACCUUGAAAUGGAUGUGGCUUGAAACGACGCAGAGAGCGGAUUUUUUUUUAAAGUUGAUAUUUACAAUAACGAUUUCUUCAAUUUAUCAUAAAUAUCAUAACCUCAAAAAAAUAAUAAGGUCUCCCUAUUGGUCAUGUUGAGAGGUUAGCAUGUCUUGGGGGUAUGAUGCAUAAUGUGCUUUCAUUUCUAAACGGUAAAACAGAUGAAAAUACUCUCAAAUAAAAAGGGACAUCUGUACUUAUUGAGCUCCCGAGUGGCACAGCGGUCUAAGCCACUGCCUCUCCAUGCUAGAGGUGUCACUACAGAUCCUGGUUAGAUUCCAGGCUGUAUCACAACCGGCCGUG